AUGUCUCUCUCCUUCAACGACACCUUGGGAGAUCCCAUUCCCGCCGACACGCCACAUGCCGUCAGUGUAUCUCUCCCGACAUGGAAGGCCAACGUGGGAUACGAAGAAGGCGAGAGCUGGGUCGUCGACAAGAUGCAGACUGGAUAUCCAAGAUUCUUCAUCCACAAGUCAAUACAAAAGCUCGCCUCCUCCAUUGUCGCCGCCCAUGGAUCACCAGACACUGAAAAGGCCAUGCUACUGCCAUCACCACGCUGUGCCGCCCGAUGUCUCGACUUCAUCCGCAAGUACAGCCCCAAGACCGUGGACACUUCUUCAGCCCGAGCUCUCAACUUCAUCCCGCAUCCCGACAAGCUUCCUCCAACAGACGACAAGAAGAUCCUCCCGCGACUCUCCGCUGUCAUCUACCCUCAAGAGUCAUGGCCUGCCGCCAAAUCCUUCUGGCAGCAUUCGGGUGAAGGCAUCUCAAGUCGGCGGGCGGAGUUUUGUCAGCGCGCAUUUGAUGACCAUUUCCUCGUCGAGCAGUCGUGCGUCUGUCAGCCCUCGAUGCCUCGUGUGGCGAAAGGUCCACGACGGUAUCAAAAGCAGACCUCGGUCGACAUCACUCCCGUCAAUGGCAAUGGCAAUGGCGAUGGCAAUGGCACACCCUCAACCUCAACCGGCGAAGCCCUCCAAGACACGACCGAGUUUGUAGAAGCUCGCUUCGGCCGCAACCUCGACACCACCUUCGCCGCUCAAGCCAAGCUAGCCAUCCGCAAGCGAAUCGCCGGAUCUCUCACCACGGACGUCGAUCUCCCAGAUUCACUCGACGAACCCUCCGAUCUCGUCAGAAGCCGAACCAGAGACCUCCCAAACUUCUCCGUCGACGACGUCUACCUCUUCUCCUGCGGUAUGAACGCCAUCUUCACCUCCCACCAAUCCCUCAUGCGUGCUCGAGGUCCCGACACCUGCAUCAUGUACGGCUUCCCCUACGUCGACACCCUCAAAGUGCUCGAAAAAUUCGGACCCGGAGCGCUCUUCUACGGCUACGGCAACGCCGACGACAUCAACGCCCUCGAAAAACGUCUCAAACGAGGCGAACGCUUCUUAGCCCUCUACUGCGAAUUCCCGGGCAACCCUCUCCUCAAAUCCCCCGACCUCAAACGUCUCCGCGCCCUCGCAGACACCUACUCCUUCGCCAUAGUAAUCGACGAAACAAUCGGCAACUUCCUCAACGUCCACGUCCUCCCCUACGCCGACAUCGUCGUCUCCUCCCUGACGAAAAUCUUCUCCGGCGACAGCAACGUCAUGGGCGGAGCGAUGAUUCUCAACCCGCAAGGGAAAUUCUACCGCUUACUCAAAACCGACUUGGCGAACGAAUACGAGGACAACCACUUUGAAGAGGAUAGCAUGUACCUCGAACGCAAUAGUCGGGACUUUGUCGACCGGAUCAAGCGCAUCAACACGAAUGCGGAAGCGAUCGCUGAUGUCCUCCGUGCAUCGUCGAAGGUCAAACAGCUCAAUUACCCCAAGUAUAGCGAGACGAGAGAAUUCUACGACGCCUCCCAAGGAUGGGAAGGCGGCUACGGCGGCCUCCUCAGCGCAACCUUCCACUCCGUCGAAGACGCCGCCCUCUUUUACGAUGCGCUGGAAACGGCCAAGGGCCCUUCACUAGGCACGAAUUUCACUCUGAGCAGUCCAUUCGUGUUGCUGGCGCACUAUAGCGAAUUGGAAUGGGCGAAGCAGUAUGGGUGUGACGUGAGUCUGGUGAGAUUCAGCGUGGGGUUGGAGGAUACGGAAGAGUUGGUCCAAGUUUUCGAGAAGGCUUUGAGGGCGAUACCGGGGUGA